UGAAUCAUCAGCAUACAUUAUAGGCUUUAAUAUUGAAAUUAUAAAUAUAAAAUACUUAGUUGCGUUUAAGGUUGCAUCAAAAGGCAAUGUUACGCUAGAGUUGGUGGAUGGAAGUGCAGAAGUGUUUGGUACUCCACUUGUUUUACAUAAGAAAUACUCAUUUUCACAUGGUGCGCGAAUUGCGGUAUUUACUUGGAAAGAUGCAGUAAUAGAAUUAGUGGGUGAAACGGAAAGCGCUUAUAUUGCAGGCGAAACUCCUAUGGUUAUAUAUUUAAACACUCAUGCUGCAUUAGAGCAACUUAGAGACCAUGCUGAAUCAGGUUGUGCAAGUCAAAGCAAGGAUCCGAGAGGUCCGAUAUUAAUGGUUGUGGGUCCAACUGAUGUUGGAAAAACUACCUUGUGUCGUAUUCUUUGUAAUUACGCUGUUCGCUCAGGUCGGACUACUACAUUUGUUGAUUUGGACAUCGGGCAGGGAAGUAUUUCUAUUCCUGGUACAAUCGGCGCGCUUCCGAUUGAAAAAGUGGCAGAUAUUGUAGAAGGUUUUGAUAGACAGUAUCCAGUUGUAUAUCAUUUCGGUUCCGUAACGCCAUCAGCUAAUAUUGUUCAUUACGAUCUUCUCGUCAAAACUCUUGCUGAAGAAGUUUUUAAAAGAAUGAAUGCUCAUGCAGGUGUCAAAUAUGGUGGAAUAAUUAUCAAUACAUGUGGAUGGGUUAAAGGUGAAGGAUAUGCUUGUAUUGUACAUGCUGCCGAACAGUUUGAAGUAGAUGUUGUGAUCGUAUUAGAUCAUGAGCGUUUGUUUAUUGAAUUGCAAAGAGAUCUUCCUAAUUUCGUUAAGAUUUUGCACCAGCCAAAAUCUGGUGGCGUUGAAAACAGAUCUCGCGAGAUGAGGAUCAGCGCUCGGAAUGCUGCAGUCCAUAAGUAUUUCUAUGGUAGUCGCGCUUUACCGUAUUAUCCACAUACUUUUGAAUUAUCUUUUGAUGAAGUUUCAAUUUGUAAAGUUGGCGCUCAACAGAUUCCUGCUGAAUGUUUGCCAUUUGGAAUGAAAAUCGAUGAUCUUAAGACGAGAGUAAUCACUGUUGAACCGUCGGAUGUUUUGACGCAUCAUAUUGCAGCUGUGGUUAAUUCUACAAAAUCUGACCAAUCUGUUUUGACAGCAAAUGUUUUCGGAUUCAUUGUGAUUACUUCAGUUGAUUUGACACGAAAAUUUUAUACGGUUUUAAGUCCACAGCCUCAUCCAUUGCCAUCGAAUAUUUUACUCUUAAGCGAUGUUACCUUUCUGGAUGAUAAAGAAAGAGUUUAA